AUGGUAGGAGACAGGCCAAGAAUGGAAUGGAAAGACUUGAUGUUUAAUAAUGGUUCUAGACCUAAAGCAAAGUUUACCCUCUGGUUGCAACUACAAAACAGGCUGCCCACUACAGAUAGACUACAAAAAUGGGGACUGGAUGUCGAUUUGAAGUGUAAGCUCUGCAAUGUCUACUUGGAAACGCGGGAUCAUAUAUACGUUCAAUGUGAUUACUCAAGAGCCAUAUGGAUGAAACUUCUCCGAUGGGUUCACACGGACUAUUAUGCUGCUGCUAACUGGGGAAAUCACCUACAAUGGAUCCGAAGCAAGACAAAAGGUAAAUCGCAAGCAGCACAAACCCUCAAGUUGGUAUAUACUGAAUUUAUAUACGCGGUGUGGAUGGAAAGAAACCAAAGAACGUUUGAAGAUAAGAGGAGAUCAUGGCAGGCGGUAGCAAGAGAGAUUGCCUAUGUGUGUUGUGUGAGAGCUCCUGCGAGCAUUAGAACUAGAAUGCAGCAGCUGGUUUACUAG